UUUCUCUCCCCACAGGUGUGUUCCCUGUGUGUGACCUCUAGUGUACAACAUGGCAUCCAGGUCCUUCGUCUACAGGAGAGAGUGUUCCUGACUAACCUGAGCUCACAUCAGCUCAGGGUACAGGCUGUCACCACUGAUACAGAUGGCAGAAAGGGAGGUUUUCAAGAUCAGGAUCUCCAAAGCAUUGAGGUUGCCAUGGCAACAUCAUCCAAGAACAAGGACACCAUGACGCCCAUAGCAUUGUGGGAUGUCAUUGGAGCUGACCAAUCAGAAAGCAGUAAGGAUGCCAGAUGGUUUGACAGAGGGGUGCAGUACAUGAGGUUCUCCCUGGCCAAUCAGGAGUGUGCUUCCACACCCGAAGGAAAUCCCAAACAAGAGACUUGGAGCCCUGCAUACAGACUGGGUUCUUUCCUGAGAUACUCCAUCUCAGUCCCUGAUUGGUCGCCUGACGGGACGUGCGGUUCCAUUGCCAUGGUAACGACAGUGAAUGAGUCACAGGGCCAGCUGUACGUGGUGGUGGAUGUGGACCCCUGUCCCAGGUUCAUCCUCCACAAUAACUGUCACUGGAUGCUGCACUUUGGGGAGGAAGCAACAGAGGAACAGAAACUAGAUGGCAUUCCAGUGAAGGAGGAGCUACAACUAUCAGGAGUUCCCACAAUUCCUCCAAACAGCAGCACUUGCUACUACCCAGAGUCCCUUGCUGCAUCAUUCCCAGAGUUCACUGAGGCAUCAAACCUCAGCAGCCAUGUUCACAUCCGUCUGGCGGGGGAGUAUUACGGAGCUGAGUGGAGUGAGGACGAGGGGUUUCUAUUCGAGGGUCUCCUCUGGACGCAGGCCAUCGAUAUCUGUGAGGAAAAGGAGCACCAGGUUGGGCUCCCAGGAUUCGGGGAGGUGCGGGUGCGAAUCAGCUGCAUGGGAACGUGCAGACAUGUUUACAUCGACCCGGUUAAGAGAGACGAAGUGGGUAGCGACCUGGAGUUUGUGGAAUUCGAUGACGUGUCAGAAGAGGUAAAAGACGGAAAGAACGACAAAACGCCAUCCAAACACACGGUUUCUCUGAGCGCCAAGCAACGACAUUCCUCAGAAAUAAACAAAGCCACUCCCUCAAACGAGCUUGCCUUGCAGUGUGGCGUAUUCAUUUCAGAAGCAUGUUUGUUUCUUGUUGACGAGGUUUCAAACCCCUCUAUAGCCACAGAGCUGUUGCGGAUAACAGUCGACAAGUGCCACAUCGCGUAUCACCCCGUACGUACAGAUAUGGAAAUAUCAGAGGAGCUGCUUCAACUGUGUGCUUGGAGAGUACAAGUUGACAAUCAGAUCUUCCACAGGGGCAACUAUGACUUUGCGGUUUUGCUCUGUCCUGAACACAAAGAAGAAGAAGGGCUACAACCCAGGAAAAUGUGGUCUAUCGAAAAGACGGCUGACUUCUGGGCCUACCACAGUAUGGUCGUAGCGAAAGUUGGUUUGAACAGAACGUUGUCUGACAGCAAAAUUGCGAUAGCGUCCGUGAAGCUUACACAACGACCAAUGACGGUUUACAUUGAGGACACCUUCAUCUAUGACAUCCUCAACCUGAUUGGUUCAUUUUCCAUUCCUGCUGCAUCAGACGACACAAAUCGACCAAUGAGGACACACGUACUACCCCGAGAAGUGAAGGAAGCGGCGGCUUCUCUGAUUGGUCCAGUGAGCAUACCAGAAUUGACGAUAGAAGAGAUGACGAUGCUUGUGAGCGUGCAUGCCUCGAUGAAAGUGUUCAUUUCCUCCGACCACACCCGUUUGACGUUCAAAAACUUCUCCCGCACUCCUGUCUUCACUGUGUCCAGGAAUCUGGUUCAGGACCUGGCCUUACACUAUGGCUCUGGGGCUCUUUUUAGAGCAGGUUGGGUGCUUGGUUCCCUGGAUAUCCUGGGCAGCCCUGCCAGUCUGCUGGGAAGUAUCAGCAGCGGGAUAUCUGACUUCUUCCGCCUGCCGUACGAGGGCCUGACCAGGGGACCUGGUGCUUUUGUGUCGGGUGUGACCAAGGGUGCGUCCUCAUUGGUCAGACAUGUGUCGGCAGGUACAUUGACGUCCAUCGUGAACCUGGCCAAUAGCAUCUCCCGUAACAUGGACCGGUUGUCGCUGGACCAGGACCACGCCCACCGUAACCAGGAGUGGCGGCGCCGGCUGCCCGCGGGAGUCACCACUGGGCUGGUACAGGGGCUGUCUGGGCUGGGCCUCAGUCUGCUGGGUGCAAUAGCUGGUGUUGUGGACCAACCAAUCCAGAGUAUCCAGUACGCCAUGGACAGUUCGGAGAAGACGGUGACCCAGCGAGCCACGGGGGUCAUCUCUGGGGUCGGGAAGGGCCUGGUGGGCGUGGUGGCCAAACCCAUCGGAGGGGCGGCCGAGUUUGUGGCUCAGACAGGGCAAGGUAUUCUCCAGGGUGCCGGCCUGACCCACCUGCCCCGCCCCAGGUGUAACCCCACCAUCCGGGAGGCGUGUGACGCUGAGAACGGACAGGUCAAGUACACAUGGAAAAUGUUGCAGGCAUUGUCUCUUCCUGACAUCUGUGUGCACCUGCCAGGCUCCAUGGUGACACCUGCGGGACAGCUGCACCCGGUUGUCCUGCUCCUGACUCCACUGGUGUUGUUUGUUGUGAGUGUUGCUGAUGACACCCAACAGCAGGCCUUCUCCAUCCUGGACAUAGAGGUCAAAAGGUCGUCACAUGACCCGGGGUCAAUCAAGGUCAAGGUCAGCCCACAGAAGGCCCCAACAGCUAGAGAGAAGGAAGAACAAAAGGAGAGGGUGUCAGAGUUCAUUGACAUGACUCUGGGCCUCCCUAACACCAGCCCUAGCAACGCUGAGUCAGACACGCCUAGCGACCUGUCAGCCGUGCCCAGCCCUGAGUUUCCGGCAACCUGCUACAAGUUUGAACUGAGAGAACAGUACAGGGAUCUGUUUGUGUCCAUGUUUCAACAGGCCAAGAAGAAGGCUCAAGGAAAGGGCUUUUACUAAAUCCAAUUUCUCAUUCAAAUGAAGCUUCAUAUCUGACGUUAACUGGCCUUAUACAAAGAUUUUUAACGCUUGUUCUGUACAAAAAAUUGAGUUCUUACCAAUAAGCUUCCAAUCAGUACUGUGACCAUUCUCAAAUUGACAUGGCUCAAAGCCAAAGUCACAAGACCUGAACCAAAGUGUGACAUCCAAAAUGGGCCAGAGGUAGCUGGUAUCAGCCCCCGUCUCGGUUGAGAGAAUCUGAAGGUCCUCAUGUUUUGUGAAAGUGUGACAAUAUUUUAUUUUGAAGGUAAAACAUUUUAGAAACAUCAACUUGGGUGUGGGAAAAGAAUAUUAACUAGCCAUGUACCUACGCCAUGUCUUCCUACUGUAUCUAAUGUAUUCUAAAUUCCUGUAUGAUGCAAGUGAAUGCAAAGUAGAUACUGAAUGUAUAUUACUGAAUGUAACAUAUUGAAUGCAUAUAGAGGUACUUGAAUGCUGCAUUUUAUGUCUUCUUACUUCGGAAUCUGUAUUGUAUAUUGAUAUGUCACUAGAAGGUGGCCAGUUUGUCCCAAUAUGAAAAUAUGUGAACAGAGCCAAUCACAAUGACAAUAUAUAUUAUUCCAACUUCGAUUCUUUGUUACUGAAUUAUCGUUUCUGUAACAAAUACUACAAAUUUGCAUUGUAUGCAAAAGCACCUUUGCAUUGUUAUUUUUUCUUGUUGCAAGGUUGAGUACAAACAUUGCAAUGAAUACAUUUAGGAAUGUGCUUCGGAAUAUUUUACCAUGUCCUGUUAUUUAAUCCCUACAUAUUAUGAAACAUUGACUAUCAAAUGCUGUACAAAGACUUAUAAAGUUUAAACAUCUCUAAUAAGUCUUGUACUAUUUUCAGAGAUGUAAAUUUAUGGUAUUUAUAACUCAGUAAGUCUUGCAAUUAUUAUUAAGUUUCAAAAGUGAAACAUUUGUCAAGGAAAUAUCUAGGGGAUAUAUUUGAAGAUGUAUAGAAAGUCUACAUAUACAUGGAGUGUAUGCUCAUUGAGACUUCCAUUGAGAAUUAAGUCAGCAUGCUGUUAUAGCUGAAUAGUCUUAUAUUGUAUAUCAUAUGAUAUGCUUCAUAAAGUUAUUUAUCAUAUUAAGUGCAAACGCGAGACCAAAGUGCCUUACAUUGUAUUGUAUCCUGCUGUUUGAUUGGUGAAAUGCUGCCAGUAGUAAUAAAGAGAUUUCUGGAUA